UUUCAAUCACAGCUCCUUCGGUUACAUUCAAUUUCCGGGCCGGUACAUUUAGACAAUAGCGAUAUUAAGCGGUUAUCAUUCGAACGGUGAAAAUACAUUCCGAUUAUUGAUUUUCUUUGAGUGACUCAAAAUACCAAACUGUUAGCAAAGAUGUCUCGCAAAUUUUGUGUCGGUGGUAACUGGAAGAUGAACGGCAACAAGGCUGAAAUUGCUGAAAUUUGCAAAGGUCUCACUGCUGGCCCAUUGGACCCAAAUACAGAAGUAGUUGUUGGCUGCCCGUCUCCCUAUCUCAGCUAUGCCCGUGGUUUGCUGCCAGCAACUAUUGGUGUUGCCGGACAGAAUUGCUAUAAAGUUGCAAAAGGAGCAUUCACUGGUGAAGUAUCACCGGCAAUGUUAAAGGACAUUGGAGCCGAUUGGGUCAUUAUUGGUCAUUCGGAGCGUAGACAAAUAUUCAACGAAUCCGAUGAACUGAUUGCUGAAAAAACUGCUCACGCUUUGGCUGAAGGACUAAAGGUGAUUGCUUGCAUCGGCGAAACACUACAGGAACGCGAAGCAGGACAAACCGAAGCAGUCGUAUUCCGUCAGACAAAAGCUUUGGCCAAUGCCAUCAAAGACUGGACUAAUGUUGUCGUCGCCUAUGAACCGGUUUGGGCUAUUGGUACGGGCAAAACCGCAACGCCACAACAAGCACAAGAAGUGCAUGCUGCCCUUCGCAAAUGGUUCACCGACAAUGUAUCGGCUGCUGUAUCAGCAUCCGUGCGAAUCCAGUAUGGUGGCUCUGUGACUGCAGCCAAUUGCAAGGAACUUGCUUCGCAGCCGGACAUUGACGGAUUUUUGGUGGGUGGUGCAUCGUUGAAACCGGAAUUUGUGCAAAUCGUCAAUGCCAAACAAUAAAACCAUCAACGCGAAAGUAUCGAUUUCUGUGGAUUAAGUACGUGAAAAGUGCUCCAGCUUCUUUUGAAACAAAAAGGAAUUUUAUUUCGGAUAUCGUUUUCUAUGAGAUUAAAUCUCAAUUUUGUUAAAUUUUAGGAAAUAUUUAAAAUGAUCCAGAGGAUUCAAUAAACAAGUCAAAUUAAAUGUG